AUCUCUCUUCCAGACUUUUACGCGCAGGCACAUCCUUUGAACACGCACACGCGUGACCAAUUUGUUGGGCUUGGGGAUCUAAAGUCUUCAUCUGGUCGACGACGAAGCAUAAGAAGUUGAGAUAUCACGCUGAUUACAGACAGAUCAAUGGCGUUACCAGUGAAGUUCUGUUUUCUGACCGUCCUAUGCGCAUACCUCGCGGUGACGGCUCAAGCGGACUGUGGCACGGACUGCGCGUUCUGCGCAGUGCAGGACAGAUUCCGAAAAUCAGACCUGAACCCUACAAUGUGCAUGUGGCAGUGUGAGGCCGACUUUGUGGGCGGCAGCUCCUGGGGUCCGUGUCGUGAGCUCCUCCAGAGUGCCAGCGCCUCAUCGUCAGCCACCGCCGCCACAUCAGCAGCGGCCGCCGCCGCGUCCAACCUGGAGAGCGCCGACAUCCCCUCCGAGCCCCAGCUCGAGGCCCAGCCACAGGACUCGCCGCUCCACCAGCUGGCCAAGAAGUAUGGAGGCUUCAUGAAGCGUUACGGCGGCUUCAUGAAGCGCUACGGCGGCUUCAUGAAGCGCUACGGCGGCUUCAUGAAGAAGAGCGACGAGGCGUACGCCGGCGGCCUGGAGGCCGACUUUGACGACGACGUGGACCACGGCCGGGAGAUCCUGACGUUCCGCACGGAACGGGGUAGGGCGGCGGCCAACGCAGCCGAGGCCGACGACAGGGAAGAGUCCGAGGCCGUGGCCAAACGCUACGGGGGCUUCAUGCGGAGGUCCAGCGGCGCGCGGCCCCUGCAGAAGCGCUACGGCGGCUUCAUGCGCCGGGUGGGCUGGCCCGAGUGGCUGGAGGAGAAGAGAUACGGCGGGUUCAUGAGGCGCUCCUUCGGAGACGAGGGGGAGGGAAGGGAAGAGGGGGAGGAGGGCGGCGAGGAAGAGCAGGAGCCAGAGGUGGAGAAGAGGUAUGGAGGCUUUAUGGGAUACUGA